GCGGCAGCGCCAGAGCCAUGGGCCCGGGGCAGGCGUGCACAUGGACCGCGCUCGGCCCGCUGCUGUGGGGCUGCGCGCUGGCGCUGCAGGGCGGGAUGCUGUACCCCCGGGAGAGCCCGUCGCGGGAGCGCAAGGAGCUGGACGGCCUCUGGAGCUUCCGCGCCGACUUCUCCGACAACCGGCGCCAGGGCUUCGAGCAGCAGUGGUACCGGCGGCCGCUGCGCGAGUCGGGCCCCACCCUGGACAUGCCGGUUCCCUCCAGCUUCAAUGACGUGGGCCAGGACGCGCGGCUGCGGAGCUUUGUCGGCUGGGUGUGGUACGAGCGAGAGGCGGCCCUGCCCCAGCGAUGGAGCCAGGACCUAGACACGAGAGUGGUGCUGAGGAUUGGCAGCGCCCACUAUUACGCCAUCGUGUGGGUGAAUGGGGUCCACGUGGCAGAGCAUGAGGGGGGCCACCUCCCCUUCGAGGCUGACAUCAGCAAGCUGGUCCAGAGUGGGCCCCUGUCCUCCUGCCGCAUCACCAUCGCCAUCAACAACACGCUCACCCCCCACACCCUGCCGCCAGGGACCAUCCAAUACAAGACCGAUACCUCCAAGUACCCCAAGGGUUACUUUGUUCAGGACAUAAAAUUCGACUUCUUCAACUAUGCGGGAUUGCACCGGCCUGUGCUCCUCUACACCACACCCACCGCCUACAUUGAUGACAUCACCGUCACCACUGGCAUGGACCAAGACACUGGGCUGGUGAAUUACCAGGUUUUCGUCCAGGGCAGUGAACACUUCCAGCUGGAAGUGUGUCUUCGGGAUGAGGAAGGCAAAGUCGUGGCUGAGGGGACAGGGGGCCGGGGCCAGCUGCAGGUGCCCAGUGCUAACCUCUGGUGGCCGUACCUGAUGCACGAGCACCCUGCCUACCUGUACUCGUUGGAGGUGAAGCUGACUGCACAGACGGCAGCUGGGCCCGCCUCUGACUUCUACACUCUCCCUGUCGGGAUUCGCACGGUGGCUGUCACAGAGAGCCAGUUCCUCAUCAAUGGGAAACCUUUCUAUUUCCAUGGCGUCAACAAGCAUGAGGAUGCGGACAUCCGAGGGAAGGGCUUUGACUGGUCACUGCUGAUGAAGGACUUCAACCUGCUUCGCUGGCUGGGUGCCAACUCCUUCCGCACCAGCCACUACCCCUACGCGGAGGAGGUGAUGCAGCUCUGCGACCGCUAUGGCAUCGUGGUCAUCGACGAGUGUCCCGGCGUGGGCAUCGUGCUGCCCGAGAGCUUUGGCAACGUGUCUCUCCAGCACCACCUGGAGGUGAUGGAGGAGCUGGUGCGCAGGGACAAGAACCACCCGGCUGUCGUGAUGUGGUCUGUGGCCAAUGAGCCUGCCUCCUCCCUGAAACCUGCCGGCUACUACUUCAAGACGGUGAUUGCCCACACCAAAACCCUGGACCCCUCCCGGCCCGUGACCUUUGUGACCAACUCCAACUAUGCAGCAGACCUAGGGGUUCCGUACGUGGACGUCAUCUGUGUGAACAGUUACUACUCCUGGUAUCACGACUACGGGCACUUGGAGGUGAUUCAGCUGCAGCUGGCGACCCAGUUUGACACCUGGUACAGGGCCUACCAGAAGCCGGUUAUUCAGAGCGAGUACGGAGCAGAAACGAUUGCAGGGUUUCACCAGGACCCACCUCUCAUGUUCAGCGAAGAGUACCAGAAAAGCCUGCUGGAGCAGUACCAUUCGGUUCUGGAUCAAAAGCGCAAAGAAUAUGUGGUCGGGGAGCUCAUCUGGAAUUUUGCCGAUUUUAUGACUAACCAGACACCAGCGAGAGUUCUGGGGAAUAAGAAGGGGAUCUUCACUCGUCAGAGACAACCAAAAAGUGCGGCUUUCCUUCUGCGAGAGAGAUACUGGAAACUUGCCAACGAGACCAGCAAGGGGCACCUUCCACAGCAGUGAGCAAGUGCCUUCUGGACUAUUCAUGGCAGACCAGAAAGUUCCUGGUCUGGAUUUUGUGGUAAUCUGCUGGAAGGGAACGUUAGAGGUGAAAAUAAAAGCUUUUCUAUUAUGGGAAUAAAGAGUUGGCACAAAACUGACCACGUAUAAAUCCAAUGAUCUGUACUGCUGAAAAGCAUCUGAAAUCAUU